AUGGCGGGCGAAUCUGCAGUGGCGGCCGGCGGCAGACGCAGCCUUCCACAAACAUCAGCAGUCGACCGCGAACAAGAGCUGCCCCCCACGCGCAACCGUACUCGGCGACGCCUCAAGUAUCGUUUUACAAAUCCUCCGGGACCGGUGCCUUCAUUCAAACCUUCUGUACGUGCAGCUUCGAGCGGCGCGAACAACUGCACCAGAUCCUGGGUCGUCGCCAGCAUGUCUCUGUCGCCUGUCGUGACGACGACGCAGUCAAACGAGGGUACCUCGAUACGCGCUAUAGGGUCACCGUAUAAGAAUCUGGCGUCCGGAACAAACUCGUCGUCAAAUGGCACGCCCAAGCCCACGCCGCCGACGUCUGCGCCCACGCUCCCGCCCACGCUGGACGUCGCCGAGCAAAUGAACGAGGAAGAGAAGCGCAAAUACGUCAAAGGCAAGAAGCUCGGAGAAGGCACCUACGCCAUCGUAUUCCUCGGCCAUCUAAAAUCGAACCCCGCGAAGCAAGUCGCCAUCAAAAAGAUCAAAGUGCAAAAAGAAUACACCGAGGGCAUGGCCCCCGACGCCGUCCGCGAACUAAAGCACCUACAAGAGCUGUCCCACCCCAACAUCAUCUCGCUUCAGUCCGUCUUCUCCUCCAAGGACCAGAACCUCAACCUGGUGCUCGAGUUCCUGCCCCUCGGCGACCUGGAGAUGCUGAUCCGUGACACGGACAAUGUGCGGUACGGCGCCGCCGACAUCAAGGCCUGGAUGGGCAUGCUGACGCGCGCUGUGUGGUUCUGCCACGAGUCCUUUGUCCUGCACCGCGAUAUCAAGCCCAAUAACCUGCUCAUCGCCGCCGACGGCGAAGUCAAGCUCGCGGAUUUCGGUCUCGCGCGCUCCUUUGCCGACCCGCACCAAAACAUGACGUCCAACGUCAUCACCCGCUGGUACCGCCCGCCCGAACUGCUCUUUGGCGCCAAGCACUACUCGGGCGCUGUCGACGUGUGGUCCGUCGGCGCCGUCUUCGCCGAGCUCGUCAUGCGCGCGCCCUACAUGCCCGGUAACAACGAGCUCGACCAGGUCAAGCUCAUCUGCGAGGCCAUCGGCACCCCGACCGAGGACAACUGGCCCGGCGUCACCAAGCUCCCUGAAUACACGGUCCCCGGCCAGCACCCCGUCCGCGGCAAGGACUGGUACCAGAUGCGCUUCGGCACCGUCGGCGCCGACGGCGUCGACCUCCUCAUGAAGACCUUGCUCCUCGACCCCAAGAAGCGCAUCACCGCCCGCGACAUGCUCCGCCACCCCUGGUGGCACUCGGAUCCCAAGCCCACCCGCAAGCAGGACCUGCCGCGCAAGGGCGGCGGCGAGGAGCAAGUCGGCGCGGACCUGAAGCGCCGACCCGGUGUGGUCGACGAGGACCGCGGCAGCAAGGUGGCACGAAAGCUUGAUUUUGGACAGAAGAAGUAA